GUCUUUGUGCCAAAUGUGUCAAUUUGUCAACAAAUCAGUCAAAAACGUAUUGGAAUCGUAUUGUUCUGUUCGUGGAUUUUUAAUUUUUAAUGUGCUUUUCCAUCUUUGUUUGAUUUAAAAUUUGAAGGUGAACAGUGAAUUGACAAUAAAGUGUCGGUGUUGACUGUAUUAAUUAGUGAGAGUGUUUGUUUCGUGGAAUGUUUUUGUGACUCUAUCAACAGGCUACGCAUUACCUACAUAAUCACAAUAAGUGGAUUUGGAGACGUGAAAACUGGUGCAGCCGUCCAAAACUUACAAGCUGAGUACGGAUCGCGCAGGCGCCGGACGCGCCGCGUAACAUGCGGUCGUGGCUCGCGUCGUCCCUGAACGCGGUGAUGGGCGCGGCGGCGCGCGGCGCGGGCUGCGCCCUGGAGUGCAGCGGCCGCGGCGACUGCCUCAACGGCACGUGUCUGUGCGAGAUCCGGUACGCCGGCGAGCAGUGCGCCGGGCCGAACCUGCCGUACCACGCCUGUAUCGGCGGCAUGUUCCUCCUAGUCGCCUUCGUCUGUGCGGUACAACUUUGCGUGUGCGUCGUCAGCGAGUACCGGCGGCUGAAGGCGCCGAGCGUGCUGCGCGCCUGCAAGGUCACCACGCAGAAGAUGCUGUAUGCUGUCGCAUUCCUGGCCUCGCUGAUCCGGGGGGCUUACUUUGUUUCUCCUACGGCAUUCCAAGAGGGUUGGGCGACGAGCCUGCUGUCAGCAUACUACCCGCUACUCAUGUCGGGGUCUUCGCUGAUCGUGUGCUUCUGGGCCGAGGUGUUCCACCUGCGCGACAUCCGCUGGGAGCGGCCGCGGUUCCUGUCCAAGUCGUUCCUCGCCUUCGUGACCUUCAACCUGAUCAUCUACACGCUGCUCGCGGCCGAGGUGCUCACCACCAACGUGGCCGGCACCUCCGCGGAGAAGAGGAGCUUCUACCAGCACGUGUUCAACGGCUGCUACGCGGUGCUGCUGUUCAUAGUCGUCAUCUUCUUCCUCAUCUAUGGAGUCGAGGUGUUCUUCAAGCUCCGCGGCGAGUUCCUGAAGGAGACGAAGGUCACAGCCCUAUCAGGGUCCCGUGGUCUCUCGGUGGACGCGUCGCAGCUGCAGCAGUCGCGGCUGGGGCUGGUGAGCCAGGCGCUGAUGCUCAUCCUCAUCGCCGGCUUCCUCGCCUCGGAGACGCUCUCCGACACGUGGAAGACCAGGGUCCCAGUGGUAUCCCGCAACUGGCACGACAUAGUCUUCCGCCUGGCCGAGAUCGGCGUGGCGCUGUGGUUCCCGUGCGUGCUGUGGAACUGCAUGGCGCCCGAGCGGCUGUGGCUGCUCAACCCGCGGCGGCUGCUCGCCCGGCAGCUGGACGACGCCAAGUUGAAUGACCUGCUCACCUCGCAGGCUAGUGGCAAGGUCAUGGGCUCCAUCCGUGACUGCUGGAUCUGCUACGACGGCGCGCGCGCGGAGCCGCUCAUCCGGCCGUGCCGCUGCACGGGCGACGUGAGCUCCGUGCACCACGACUGUCUGCGCCGGUGGCUGGUCGAGAGUGCUGCAACAGCAGACGGCUUAAAAUGCAAAGUGUGCAACUCACCGUACAUUGUCCAGGAAACCAACAGACUGGACUGGGAGCGCGGCUUCACGGCCGUCCACUGGAUGCGCACCGCCCUAGCCGUGGCCUGCAUGUGCGGCGCGGCGGCCGCGGCCUGGGUCGUCAUACAGCUGUACACGGCUCCUGUACCCAGGGUCUGCGCCGCUGGGGCCGCGCUGCUGGUGUGCUACGUCUGUGUCAGAUUCCUCGGAACAAACACUGUGACGGCGUACCAGAGAGCCAAGGUGUCCUCGCUGAAGAUCCUGACCGAGCCAGAGACAAACCUAGAGGCUGGAGACCACGUGUCUACCAUCAGCAAGACCGUCACCGUAGAGAUAGCGUCCAAGGCAGUGCUCGAGAGGGCACUGAAAGGUGACGUCAAGUAAACAAACGAAAUUAAAUACAAAACACGGAAAAGUUUGCAGUGUUGAAAUUUAAGGACCAUUUGGGAAGUGACUUGUGAUGGUAAAGUGGGACAGUUUUGUGGACAUUUUGGGAAGUUGCAACGGUGUUGUGAAAAGUUUACGUACUAGAGUUUUCAACAAUGCGUGUGAAAGGACCUAAUUAAUAAUAGGGUGUAAAAAGAUUAUUUUUUGAUAAAAUAACGAAGUGGUGUGGUUAACGAUGAAAUAGCUGCGCUAUUUGCUAGAAAGUACCUAAUUGUAUAAUGUUUUAAAUAUAGUGUUUCCCCGACCAGUUUGUAUAGAGAUGAUCAAUGUUGUCUCUGUCGAAAAUAAGAAAAUCGUGUCUCAAUCCAUAGAAAAGUUACACAUAAAUUAUAGCUAUUUUCUCUGUCAUAUGAUACCUUGUAAUGCUGAGAUGCAGAAGGGAACAUUAAGCUAAUGUCGGCAUUAAAUCUAUGUCUGUCUCUUUCUGUGCGUAUACUGUCAAAGCAAGGCAGCUAUACAUUUAAGGUCGACAUCAGCUUAAAGUCCCUUUCUGCAACUCAGCGUAAGGGACGUAGUUUUGAGACAGAAUCGAAAAUGAGUGUACCUUUUGAAGGAGUAAGACCUAAGGCCCAUUUUUUAGUGGCAGGGUUUGUGAGUAAACCAGAGUUAAAUCCCGAAGAAAGUUAGGUGAGGUUAACUGUCUUGACGGCAAAAAUGGGUCUCAGAAAAACUGUAGGGAAACCUUGUACAAAGACGGACAGUGAUGUUAAUUAUAAAGAGGUGAUAACUAUUGCAAUAAAUAUGAACUAUUGCUAGCUAAGAACGUUUUAAUUAUAAAACUAUGAUAAUUUUAAAUUAAUUCUUAAUAGUAGGUUCGCUUAUUUAGGAAUUACUUUAAUUAAAAUAUUCUAUGAUAUUGAUAUCACGUGAAGUACAGAUUUGUAUGUAUAAAUAAACAAAUAUAGCUAUUUAUUUUUGUACAUAAAUAUUUCCUUGAAAUAAAAAAAAUAUUAGAUAUUUACGAAUCGUAUUGAGGCAUUUGUACAUUUUAAAGGUCAAUUUACAUGUAAUAUUUUUGUCAUAAUAUAAGUCCAUUAUGCUUACUUCGUAAAAUAUAGCAUGAACCAUAUAAAUCAAAUCCAUACAUUUCAUUUGUCAUUAAGGGCUGAUUUUUCAAUGGUCAGAUAAAUGUUAUCUGAGGAAUAAAACUGUGGCUGUCCCUGUCUCAUACAAACAUUCAGAUGUGACAGCAUCAGAAUGUUUGUGUAUAACAAUGACAGCAACAAUUUUAUUCCUCAGAUAAGAUUUAUCUGACUAUUGAAAAAUCAGCCCUAAAUCAACUUACAUAAGGAUUUGUCAAUCAAACGUCAUAGGACUCGAUCAUGCUAUAUUUUACAAAAUAUAGUUAUUAUACUAUGUAGUAGCAUAUCCAUAUGUGGACGCUUUUCAUUGGCUGACGAUUUCGCUGCAACUUUUCUUAUUGGCAGGCAGAGAGUUACCUAAACCGUAAAAUGUUCAGUUCAAAUUUAGAUCUUACGUAAAUGGUACAAAGUUAAAAGUGUUACGCCAGUGCGCCUCUGCAUAAAAUAAGUGUGCUAUCAAGUGUAUAGAUAAUUAAUUUUAGUGCCAAUUUCUCCUUAGUCGGUUACCUAACCGACUAGGGAUUGUUCAUUCAUUAUACAUCAUCUCCAUAUAAAAUUCUUGACAGAUGUGUCAAAAGUCAACCACUAAUACCUGGUUAUGCUCUAACCGACUAUGGAGAAAUUGGCACUAAGUCUAUAGAUAAUAAUCAUCUCACUUGUGUUUACUUUGUCUUUGACUGCCUUAUUUCCGAAAAUAAUUAUUGUAGAUAGUCCAGCCUUAAAAUACGUAACGAUUUCGAAGUAUUGGAGCUUUUUACGGCAAUAUUCUACGAGCUUGAUGCAUCUAGUAUGUACUAUUCAACUAUUAAAACCACAAUUAUUUUUAUCAUUCAUAUUUGUUCGUACCUAUUUGAAAUCCACCAAGUACCUACUAACAAAUUUUGUUCAGCUUAUUUAUUUGGUAGUUGAAUGCCUACUGACAACAGUUUUGCAACCAAUUUGUGAAACCGUUUUUUUUUCUUUUUGUCAAAGUUUUGCAAGGUUAAGUAUUUUAGUCAUUUGUACAAGUGGUUUAGAGAUUUAAUAACUUUGAUAAAUAAAUGAUCGAUUUCCAUCCGAUUUUAACUACCAAGAAAUAGUAAACAUAAACUUAUAUGUAAAAUGAUAUCACCCCUUAUUAUGCCGAAUGUUAAAUGUUCCACUCAACAUUCAUAACAAUGAAACUGUUCACCUUUUAAGUAAUUUUACCAUAUUGUACCAUAUACAAAGCAUAUUAUGUUUUAAUCCGUGACUUCAAAUAUUAGUCUCGAAAAAAUCCACUUUUCGUCUUUAAUUUGUAUUAGAGAUAUUUAUAAUCAAUCUGAUUUGAGUCUAUAAUUUUACAUCUAUGUGGAAAAUGAUGUUGAUUUUAAAUAUAUUUUCACCGCAAAGUUAACACUUUGAAACGUGCCAAAGAAUGUAUUUUGUAAUUCUAUUAAUUAUUGUACGAAAAUUUAAAUUAAUAGUGAAUAAACGUAUUGAAAACA